CCGGCUUAGGGACUGGCCGUCGGAAAGUGAAGUGUUUGGCGUGCUUCUGGCGUCAGAGUUUCUAUCUGUUGUCUGUGUUUCUCUUAAUGUUUUUUGUCGUUUUCAGCCCCACUCUCUGAGUUUUACGUUAUUUUUUAAAGGUCGGCGCUUUAUGUGCUUUAUGGAAUGCUUCACAAAACUUCUGUAAAUGCUCUUUGAGGAACUGGUGGACGACAGACACCCCCGGAGAUGGAUAAGCUAACCGAUAGCUGAAUUGCUAGCCGAAAAAUCACAGGUCAAGAAUAGGCUCGACCUAGCAUGCUAACAGCUUGCUAACUUAGCGCAUUAUCCAACCUGCUUGGAAACUUUACGAAAGUGAGACGUCGGUUAGUCGCUGGACCUUGUCGCUAACGUUACAUGUUGAACAACUUGUCAGAUUCCAGCCAAGCUAGGAAGAGGAGUCGGUAUUAAUUAUAAGUAACAAGUGGAGGAGUGUUGUUGAGAGGUGGCGGUUCAUCUCUCAGUCAUGUUGUCCAACGCGCAGAACCCAGCGGGGCAGUUUGCCCCCCUCCAUGUCAGAAGCAGCCUACAGAUCAAGAAAAACGCCAUAACAGACGAUUACAAGGUCACCAGUCAGGUGCUGGGUCUGGGCAUCAAUGGCAAGGUGCUGGAGAUCUACCAGAAGAAGACGGGAGACAAGUAUGCGCUCAAGAUGCUGCAGGACUGUUCCAAGGCCCGUAGGGAAGUGGAGCUCCAUUGGAGGGCGUCACCUUGUGGCAAAAUUGUGCGCAUCAUUGAUGUCUAUGAGAACCUGUAUCAGGGCCGGAAGUGUCUGCUUAUUGUCAUGGAGCGUAUGGAUGGAGGAGAACUGUUCAGUCAAAUCCAGGACAGAGGAGACCAGGCCUUCACAGAGAGAGAGGCAUCUGAAAUCAUGCGGAGCAUAGGAGAGGCCAUCCAGUUCCUGCAUGCAGUCAACAUUGCACACAGAGAUGUCAAGCCAGAGAAUCUACUGUAUUCCUCUAAGAAGCUAAGUGCACAGCUGAAACUCACAGACUUUGGCUUUGCCAAGGAGACCACCUCACAUAACUCUUUAGCCACUCCUUGUUAUACACCCUACUAUGUGGCUCCAGAGGUUCUCGGUCCAGAGAAAUACGACAAGUCAUGUGACAUGUGGUCAUUGGGUGUCAUUAUGUAUAUCCUGUUAUGUGGGUACCCUCCAUUUUAUUCCAACCAUGGCCUCGCCAUCUCUCCUGGAAUGAAGAGAAGAAUCAGGAUGGGCCAAUAUGAGUUUCCAAACCCUGAAUGGUCUGAUGUAUCAGAGGAAGCUAAACAACUGAUUAGGACUCUCCUUAAGACUGAGCCGACACAGAGGAUGACCAUCACAGAGUUCAUGAAUCAUCCAUGGAUCAAUCAGUCAAUGGAGGUUCCGCAGACCCCGCUCCACACUAGUCGUGUGCUGAAGGAGGAGAAGGACACAUGGGAGGAGGUCAAGGGGGAAAUGACCAGUGCCUUGGCAACAAUGAGGGUUGAUUACGAGCAAAUCAAGAUCAAGAACAUUGAGGAUUCGACCAAUCCACUGCUAAUGAAGAGGAGGAAGAAAGCAAUGGCGGGCACACAGCCUCCUGCCCACUGAAAAAUGCACGCAUGCACACACAUACACACACACAGGUUGUGAAAAGGAAGCAAUAAUUGUCGACAAAUGGGAGUCGCGUUGCAUGGAUAUUCUCAGUGUUUUAUUUUUAAUGACAAGUUCUAAUGUUUUGUAGGAGUUCUUGUUUUUAUUACUCAACCAUUUUAAUGAACCCACCACUCUGCUGUGACAGAGAGGAUGUUAAUCUGUGUUUUUACACCAGUCCAGAGAUUAUGAAUUAUACGAAAGGAGAGGAGAGAAACAUCAAGAUCUCUCUCCUCUCCUUUCCCACAUAUCAGGUCAUAGUCAGAGGGGCUUGAAUGUUGGAUUAGAACAUGAAGCCUUAGAAUUAGCAGUACUUCUCUUCCACCCUUCAGCCCCGUUCAAGCCCCUAAACCUGUGAAUGUUAAAUUAAAUGGCUAAAUCCCAAAUAUAAAGCAAGGGAAAGAUGUUUCUAUUUCAUACAUGCAAAGUAAGCAAAUGUAUUUUUUGAACUGACAAGUGGAAUGUAAGGACUCUGUCCCUGACUGUUGGAGUUAGCUGGAAAUAGAUAUUAAUAUCAAUACUUUCUGUGCCAGGGACUGGUAUUGUCUGUCAGAUUCAGUUUGUCUCCAGUGAAUGUUAACCAGAGGGCUAUGCACUCUCACAAUGGCCAUGUCCCAUCCUCACCCAUGGCCCCUCUCUCCUACCUUAAUCCACAUAGCAUGGUUCAGGUGCAACAUUUUAGAGCAGAGAAUAAAGCAGUGUUUCAAAUUGAACCUGGCAAAUCUUUCUCCUGCACAUAGCUCACAGGAGAGUAGGAGCUGUACAGAUACUGUAUUUUUUUUUGGGGGGGGGGGGGACUUUACAAGCAUGUUAGCGCAGGCCUUAUUCAUUGUUGCUGUGAUGUAAAGCAACAAAGGACUUUUAACCCCCACCCUUUGGUUCAGAUUUUUACCAAUGUCGUGCUUUAGAAUUUGUAACAUUGCCACAUUUCGUCUCAGAUUAAUCCUAUGCAGAUGUGUUUGUCAGUUUCAGUUUCUUUUAGGACCCUGUUUUUGUAAUGUUUUGAUUUUCUGUUUGCAGAUGUUGUGUUGGAGAGUUGUUUAGCAACAAUAG